AUGUCUCUGGGUGGGUUUGAGUCUGCCGGCCGGUUGUUGGAGUUUGACAAGGUGCUGGCGCAGCUGUCGGGCUACGCUCGCACGGAGCUGGGACGCGAGAAGGUGGCUGGGCUGGAGCCGUCGGACGACCUGUUGGAGGUGGCGACGCGGCAGCAGGAGACGACCGAGUCCCGCCGGUACAUCGACGGGGGCGGGUCCCUGGAGUUCGGGCCGGAACAGGACAUCAGCGAACUGAUCCACAGGGCGCUGCUGGGCGGCCUUUUGCGCGGCGAGGAACUGUACGCCGUCCGCGCCUUUGCCCGUGCCGCGCGUGUCGACCGCGACGAACUGAGCAACCAGGAGAGCCUGCCGCUGCUGUCCAGCCUGGCGAGCAACAUCCCGGAGCUGGGGCACCUGGACCGGGAGAUCGGCGCGGCCAUCAGCCCGGCGGGGGAGGUGGUGGACUAUGCCAGUCCCCUGCUAGCGCGGCUGAGGGCGGAGUCGCGGCAGGCCCAGACCCGUCUGAACGACAUAAUGGAGCGCAACCUGCGCCGGUUCCAGCGUUCCGAGGUGGUGCAGGAGCCGAUAAUCACGCAGCGCAAUGGGCGGAUGGUGCUGCUGAUCAAGACGGAGAUGCGCUACCGGGUGGCGGGUAUCGUCCACGACGUUUCCGACAGCGGGGCGACGGUGUUCGUGGAGCCGAUGGCUGCCGUGGACAUGGGCAACCGCUGGCGGGAGGCGCGGCUGGCCGAGGAUCGCGAGGUGGAGAGGGUGCUGCGGCAGCUGUCGAUUCACGUCGGCGAGACGGCUGAGGACCUGUUGCUGGCCCUGGACAUCGUGGCGCGCCUGGACCUGGACGUGGCGAAGGCGCGGUACUCGUCGGCGCUGCGGGCGACACAGCCGAUCAUCGAAGAGUUGGAGGACGAGGAACAAGGCCCUCGCCGCCGGCUGCAGCUGAGCCGGGCCCGUCAUCCGCUGCUGGCCGGGGCCGGAGGGCUCAGCGGCAGCGUUGUACCCAUCAGCCUGUCCAUGGACUCUCACCGGGGAGUGCUGCUGAUCACGGGUCCGAACGCCGGCGGCAAGACGGUUGCGCUGAAGACGGUCGGCCUGCUGGCAAUGAUGGCCCACGCCGGUCUGCACAUUCCGGCGGAGGAAGCGCGGUUUCCGGGGUUCGACGGGAUCUACGCGGACAUAGGUGACCAGCAAAGCAUCCUGGAGUCGCUGUCGACAUUCAGCUCGCACAUCACCAACCUGCUGGGCAUCAUGCGUCGGGCGACGUCUCGAUCGCUGGUGCUGGUGGACGAACUGGGCACCAGCACCGACCCGGAGGAGGGCGCGGCUCUUGCCAGCGCCGUGCUGCGGCACUUCCAGCAGAUGGGUGUGUUCCUGGUGGGCACGACGCACCAGCGCGGUGUGGCGCGUGCGGUGCAGGAGCACCCGGGCAUGAUGAACGCCAGCGUGGACCUGGACCCCACGACGCUGGCACCCACUUAUCAGCUGACGGUCGGGCUGCCGGGGCGCAGCUACGCGCUGACCAUCGCGGCGCGGCUGGGACUGCCACAGGAGAUCAUCGACGACGCCAGCGCGGGCAUCUCGCCGGUAGAGCAGGCCACCGAGUCGCUGCUGCGUGAACUGCAGCAGGAGCGACGAACGGUGGGAGGAGCUCAAGGAGGAGGCGGAGUCGUCACGCCUCGCCGCCGUCAGGCUGCGGCAGGAACUGGAGGAGCAGCUGGGUACGGUUGA